AUGACGUCCCAUAUACCUGUUGCAUCGGCUCAGUAUUCUCAAUCCAUUGAUCCGCGGACGCCCAAUAUUAUCGACGCGGAGACACCUCCGGUUCCAUCAGAGCCUGAGCGCGAUUCUCCGGCUUCGCUACCCACGGAUCCAGGCUCGGCGAUGGACAGACCUGCUCAAUCCCGACCUGUAGGCCCUUUACUUGGUUAUAUUCGAUGGACCCGACUUCGGAGCGAAACGCUGCUGGCGUCGAGCGACCUGCGUGCUCGUGCCGACUUCUCACGUCAAUUGGGCAAUGGGGCGGCCAUAUUCCGCGCACUCUGGUUGGAGAUGUCGGCCAGAGCCAAUGCCUUAGCUCCUAUAUUCCGACUUCCCCGCGAGGUGCUGGUCAUGAUUGCCGCGGUACUCACCGUUGACUGGCCCAUUCGCCCCCCUGAACGCCGUCAACCUCCAAUCGAAAGAUACACCGAAGGAAGCCUUGGCUGGGCACUGUUGUCGCAUGUAUGCAGAUCGUGGCGCGAUACUCUGCUCGACGCGCACGAUCUAUGGGCGCGGCAUGUCGGCAUCCUACCUAACGCUAUGAUGGCCUUCCUAAAGCGCUCAGGAUCCCACACGCCUUUGGACUUCAAAAGUACUCUUGGCCCUGGACUACGUGUCCCUUCAUGCGAGGAACUGGUUUCUCGUCUUCCCUUGCACCGAGUAAGGUCCAUGAGAUGGCAUUUCUUCGUCAUGUCGGACGCGGAGUACUUCCAUAGAGACUUCCUCGUGAAUACCACAGCAAGCCUCGAAGCUCUAGAACGCCUACAUGUCCACACGAAUAAACCGAUAGGAACGUGGCCCGAACCGGCGCAGACAGACCCUCAGCUCUUGCCCAGCAUACGAGCUCUGACGCUGAGUGGCUUCCACGUCUCGUUCGUGAUGCCACAAUUGGAGAAACUUGGUCUCGCGUCCAUGACCAUCGGCUCACAGCAAUUCUUAGACGUGCUCUCCUCGAGCCCUCGGAUCACCUACAUCGAGCUCGUUGACUGUUACUUCCUUCCUUUGGAUAUGACGCAAGUAACCAAGAUCAAGCUCACACGGCUGCAGCUGCUUUGUGUAGCCCGCUGCGACUAUCUUGGAAACGGGCCCAUCAUUGGGUGGCUCGCGAAACACCUGGACUUUCCCGCACAUGCAAAGUUCAAGCUUUUCCCCCACGAGUUCUUUUCGGAGACCUCAGAAGCCUUCAGGGAAACGCUGCUGGCACCCGACCUAUAUUCGGCAAUCGAGCUCUGUUCACGAACAAUCAUGAGCAGAGAAGUUGAACAACGCCCCAACAUCCUCUCAUUCGACGAGACUGCAACGGAGAUGCACCUUCUGACACACGACAAACCUCCGAGCACUGAAGACGUCGUCUGGAAGCAUGUGGAUCUACGUGGUGCUCUCUAUCAAGCGCGGAUCGACUACUGGGGGUAUGGCUCCAGACGCGGAAUGACUAGCGUAUUCAAGGACAUCGCGUCCCCUCGGAAGUUACACUUCGAGUUCAUCACAGUGCUGCACAUAUCCCGUGCCAGGAAUGUUCCUUGGGAGGCUGUGUACCCAGCUCUGCCUAAUGUGCACACCCUUCGCUUGGCCGCACGAAAUAUCGAUCCCAUCGAGGUUCUUGGCCGACAGCGUAUCGGCGAGGUGGAAGGUUUUGCCAGCCGUAUUCCAAUCUACCUGCCACGCUUGCAGCUUCUUUGGAUCGACGAUACCCCAGCGGGCGAGUACGACGAAGAUAAGCACAGGUAUUCGACGAAUAUGCGAUCACCCCUAGUGAAUACGCUGAAGGCUCGCCGCGAUAUCUGCGCCAGGUGCGACACACCUGCUAGCCCAAGAAUCCUGUAUCUCCAGAACUUCGUCGAGCUCCCAGACUGGGACGCAUUCAUCGGAGAAUUGCGGGACGUCGUACCGACGGUCGAACACUUCGAUACGGAGUUGGCGGAAUACGAGCGGGAGGAAUCUGUAGAGACCUUGAAUUGGUCCUGCGACUCGGAGGAAGAAUGA